UGUCAAAAUUAGUUAGGUUAGGAUUUAAGGGGGCGAAUUUAUUUUUUAUAUUUGUUUAGUAUUUUUAUUAAUAAAUAUAUAGAGCACCUCCGGCAAUGUCCGAUAAAGACUACGCGCCCCUGAGCGCUGCAUGCGUGAGGGCUCUCAAUGACAAACUCUAUGAUAAACGUAAGGCAGCUGCUCUGGAGAUUGAAAAAAUGGUGAAAGAAUUCUCUGCCGUAAACAAUACGGGACAAAUUAAGCGUAUUUUAAAAAUACUAGCUCAGGAUUUUGCAUCAUCACAGAACCCCCAUUCAAGAAAAGGUGGGCUGAUUGGAUUAGCGGCAAUUGCCAUUGCUCUGGGAAAAGAAACCAGUAAUUUUACAGAUGAGCUAAUCAAGCCGAUUCUUGGAUGCCUAUCAGAUCAAGAUUUACGAGUAAGAUACUAUGCUUGUGAGUCUUUAUAUAAUGUAGUCAAAGUAUCAAGAGGAGCUGUACUUCCCCAUUUUUCUCCCAUAUUUAAUGCUCUUAGCAAAAUUGCCACUGAUUCUGAUCAGAACAUAAAGAAUGGAUCUGAGCUGCUUGAUAGGUUACUAAAAGAUAUUGUGGCAGAAAGUACUUCAUUUGACCUAGAUGGCUUCAUUCCAUUAUUAAGGGAACGGAUCUACACAAAAAGCCCAUUUUCCAGGCAAUUUGUGAUAUCAUGGAUAUCAGUGCUAAAUAGCGAGCCUCGUCUGGAUCUAAUUAAUUAUCUACCAGAAAUCCUAGAUGGAUUGUUUAGAAUUUUAGAAGAUACUAAUUUGGAAGUGAAAAAAAUGUGUGAGACAACACUUGGAGAGUUUUUAAGAAUCAUUAAAAGUGAGCCUUCUAGAGUCAAUUUUGGAGCUAUGAUUAAUAUUCUGAUAAAUCAUGCACAGGAGAAGAAUGAUGAAUUGGUUCAGUUCACGGCAAUAACAUGGAUAAAGGAAUUUGUACAGUUAUCAGGUCCAGCGAUGUUACCAUACAUGUCGGGGAUAUUUACAGCAAUUUUACCUUGUUUGGCUUAUGAAGCGGAUGCCCGGAGAAUGACAGACAUCAAAGAGACGGCCACGGCGGUGAAUUUUACAUUGAUGAAAUUGAUUGCGUUGCAGGGGAGCGAGGAAUCGGGUAAUCACGAAGAAGUUAGGAAGUACGAACAUGAAGACAUCCCUCACGAAAUCGACCUUCAAUCCGUAGUAGACGUGUUAAUCCAAUAUUUAAUGCACAAUUCCAUCCAAACAAAAGUAGCUGUACUUAAAUGGAUACAUGAUUUGUAUACAAAAUUACCCAAUAAGAUGGUGAACUAUAUUGAUGUACUUUUUCCUGCCUUACAAAGGACACUAUCUGACGAAGCCGACCAAGUAGUCCAGCAAUGUUUAGUCGUUAUAGCCGAAGUAAUUUCCUCAAGGAAUACCUCAAUUAACAAAUCUGGAGGCCAAAAUUAUAACAUUCAUUUCAACAAGUUUAUCGUUAGCCUGCUACAUUUAUUUAGCACCGAUAAGAAGCUGCUUAACGAAAGGGGUUCUUUUAUUAUAAGGCAGUUAUGCGUAUUGCUAAACGCUGAAGAUAUCUACAGGACUCUAGCAGAAAUCCUAUUAAAGGAAAAUAAUUUAAAGUUUGCAAGCUUGAUGGUGGAUCAUUUGAAUAUGAUAUUGCUGACUAGCUCUGAGCUUUUUGAAAUGAGGAAUAGACUGAAGGACUUAUCUAAGGAGGCAAAUAAACAAUUAUUUUUAUGCUUAUACAAAACAUGGUGCCACAACCCAGUCGCUACAGUGGCACUAUGCCUCCUAACCCAGAGCUACUCCCAUGUCUGUGAUCUCAUUAAAUUAUUUGGCAGUAUAGAGGUAACUGUGGACUUCCUAAUGGAAAUCGAUAAAUUGGUGCAGUUGAUUGAGUCCCCAAUUUUGGCCUAUCUAAGACUUGAGUUACUAGAAGUGCCCUGUGAUAAAGAUUUAGUAAGCAGCCUUUACGGUAUACUGAUGCUCCUACCCCAAACUGAAGCUUUUUUUACAUUGAAAAAUAGGUUAAGUUGUAUCCCGAGCUUGCAUUUAGAGGAAAAGAUGAAUCGAAAAUCGUCCAAAGACAAAAAUAUCGACUUCAAAGGGUUGUUGGAGCAUUUCUGCGAGGUUCAACAGAGACACAAGGAGUACAAAAAGAGCACCAGGACCAAAGAUAUUAUGUCUUUCGAUAGGGAUGUGAAUGUUAGUGACGAUAUUUAAUGUUAAAGUAUAUUUAAGUUUGUAAUUUUUUAUAUAGUUUCUAUAUGUACAUUCCUUUACUGAAUAAUAUAUGGAUAAUUGUAUUGUA